AGACGCAUGAAAGUGAUAAUCAAUCCACGUAAAUAAAUAAAAAAAAAAUGAAUUUCCUAAAAAGUGUUUUGGGAAGCAGCGAGAACGAAAAUGAGCCAAGUGGAGCAGACACAGUCGAGCGGCUCGUUGAUCGAGUGGAAUCAUCAACACAGUUGGAGGACAGACGAGAUGCAGUGCGAGCUCUGAAGGCACUUUCGCGUAAAUAUCGCGUUGAAGUGGGCGCCCAAGGGAUGAAUUCGCUCAUUGAAGUGCUUCAAAAUGAUCGUGCAGACUCUGAAAUCCUGGGUUUGACUCUCGACACGUUGGGCAACAUCAUUUCGCCGGAUCAGUUUGAGGAGGAGCUGGAUAAUCCGACGGUGACGUGCAACAUUGGCGAGCAAUUUACUGAAAUGUUCAUAAAACGGAGCGAAAAUGUCUCAUUAGUGCUGAAUUACUUGGAGGAAUUCGACUUUCGUGUGAGAUGGUCCGCGUUAAAACUACUAAGUGGUUUAGUGGAGAACAAAGUGAAGGAAAUUCAGGAAGUUGUCCUUGUGAGUCCCAUGGCUGUUAGCAAGUUGAUGGAUUUGUUGAGUGAUAGUCGUGAAGUCAUCCGGAACGACGCAUUGUUGCUAAUGAUCCGACUGACGAAAGGCAAUGCGAAUAUUCAGAAAAUUGUGGCCUUUGAAAAUGCGUUUGAUCGACUCUUUGACAUAAUUUCCCAAGAAGGUGCCAGUGAUGGAGGCAUUGUCGUGAAAGAUUGUCUAUUUUUAAUGCUGAACUUGUUACGGAACAAUUCCAGCAAUCAGCAAUUCUUCAAAGAGGGCUCUUAUAUCCAACGUCUGGCUCCAAUGUUCCUUUUGCCGCCCGAAAUCGAGGAAACAGGCAUGACAGCGGAAAAAGUGGAGAAUCUUCAUUGCAUGCUGCAGGUUGUUCGAACUCUCGUGAGUCCUAGUAAUUCGUUGCAAAUUAUCUCGGCGUGUCAAAAGACGAUGCGCGUUUGUGGCUUAUUGGAAGCUCUGUGUAACAUUCUAAUGGGGAGUGGAAUCCCGCCUGACAUCUUGACAGAGACACUAAAUACCGUGGGUGAGUGUAUUAGAAGUGAGCCAGACAGUCAGUCGUAUUUCGAAACAGUUAUGGCUCCAAGUACACCGCCGCGUCCCGCGAUAAUUGUCUUAUUAAUGUCAAUGGUCAACGAUAAGCAGCCUUUAUCGCUGAGAUGUGCCGUGUUGUAUUGUUUUGAGUGCUAUUUGUAUCGCAAUGAUGCGGGACAGAAUGGUCUCAUUCAAACGUUGUUGCCUUCGGAUGUGCAGACAGUUCCGUCACUCACUGCUGGUCAGUUGCUAUGCGGAGGACUUUUCAGCAGCGAUUCGGUGUCGAAUUGGUUCUCUGCCGUUGGAUUAAUGCACGGACUGUUGGAGAACCAGACGCAAAAGGAGCAACUUUUGAGAGUUCUUUUGGCGACAUCGCCCGACAGUGCUCCAGUUAGCUUGUUAACGCAAUGUACGACACUUUUGCAGCAGCCAACGUGCAAGCCACAAAGCAAAAUCGGACUUCUGAUGCUUCUGAGUGUCUGGCUGAGCAAUACACAAGUCGUAGUGAAAAGUUUCCUCAACAGCCAGGGCAGCAUUGCCUUCCUGAUUGCCCAAAUUUGUGCCAAUGAACAUGACGAAAACGAGUAUUUGAUACAAGGUCUUUGCGCUUUCCUCAUGGGAAUUUGCAUCCAGUUUAAUGACAACACCGAGGCAAAUCACAAAAAGGAGGAUUUGUGUCAAUUGCUCCUCAAACGCAUCGGACUCGAAACAUACAAUGCCAAGCUCGGAGAAGUUUCCAAACACGAGAGUUACAGCAAAGCAGCAAAACAUCCGCAGUUACGAGUCAAAACUUCCACAGAUCUAUUCCUGGACUACGAGUUCUGCAAACUUUUCAAAAGCUUGGAGGCAAUUAUCAUCAAGACGGUGCAUGGCAUGGGCAGUGGAGCCACAAGUAUUACCGAGCUAACGUUGAGUCAAGAAGCGACGGGCAUCGUUAGUCAAUACAAAGACGUCAUUCGAGAUCAAGACUUGAAGAUUCAACGUCUCACGCAAGAUUUUGAGCAUUUAACCAAAGAACACGAAGAAUUGACAAAGAAAUUCGAAGAUAUUUCUACUCUAAAUGCACAACUCUCCGAUCAAAAUACCUUGUUAAAGGCCCAACUCACUGCCACAAAUAAUGGGAAUAGUACUUUAAAGGAAAGUGAAACUUUUUCUCUUCCUCCAGUAAAUCCAGAGUCGGUAGCCAAUGACUCUCUCCUCCUCGAAGAAAUUGAAAAACUCAAAAAGGACCAAGAAGAUCUAUUGGAAUUGUUAGCAGACCAGGAUUCUAAAUUGGCAAAAUAUAAAAUGAAAUUGAAGGAAUUGGGACAUUCCAUGUCAGAGGACGACGAAGACAACUUGAAUUGAAUUUGUUAAAAAAAUAAUAAAUAAAAUAUUGCUAUAUUGAUAAAUGAAC